GCUGCUGGAUGGAUGUUUUUCAUAGGACUGUAUCUUAUAUGAAAACCUGUUCAAGACAACAUUUAAGAACUCUUUUUUUUAACACACUGAUCAUUUUUAUUCAAAUGCUCAGAAUCAGAAAAGCUAAGUAAAAAAUAUCCACAUUAUCGGACCGCUAUCUAUUGAUCCGAAAGUAUAUUUAAUUUGGCUGAGAAAUCCGGUGAGGAUGAACUACAAAGAACUUGUCAACGAGGUCACAAGGCUACUGGACGAGUUUCAAGAAGACAAACAAUGCAUUGACAGUUUUACAGAGGAUACUGCCAAGGAUCUUAAGAAUCUCUCCUCUUCUGACCAGAAGUUUAUUAUUGAUACGUUUUAUGGAUGUAUCAUGCACAAAAAGCUUUUGGAUGUUGUGGUCAACAUCUUUUACAAUCACCAUGGAAAAAAAUUAUUCAGAGUGGAUCGAAACCUGUUCAUUGUUGUCUGUUAUCUCGCCAUGUUCUGUCUUGAUGAUCUUGGCCUGGAUAAUUUCAGUAGAAUUAUCAAGUCUCUAGACAUCUCAAAAAUGCACAAAUUCCUGAGUUUUUUCUUUAAUAUCAGCAACCUCACAACACACAUCCAGAGGGAAUGGAGUCACAUCUAUGAUGCUGUUGUUGUAGAUAAGAACUGGAUCACCCCUUUGCUGAGAUGGUGCAUUGAGAUUGAGGUGCUGUUGGAUCAGCUUGCCAAAAAAAUGGGCAGAGGAAAUCUGCCAAAAAAAUCUCCCAGGAAAAACACUAAACCCAGGGAAUUUGAUCUGACCCAGCCCAAAGCUCGACCACUCCCUGCUCCUGAAGUCAUUCCACAGCAGGACAAGUCCAAGCCGGUACCAACCACAACUCACAGAUCUCCAAAGGAACCAGAGAUUCUGGAUGAUAUGAAGCAGAGGAACAGACAGAAAGCUUUACAAAUCUUGAAUGACGCAAACUCUCAGCAGUUCAGAUGUGCAAAUCCGCAGAAGUCUGAGAAAACUCAAAAUGUGAUAUCCCAGAUUCUUCAAAGCCAUGAUGCUGAACUCCAAUUUGACAAGCUUUAUACUUCUGGAAGCCCUGCCACCCAAAAGAUAAACAGCUUACCUGUCAGACUGAACACAACAGCCAUACUGCGAGAGGGAGUUUUAUAUAAUCGUCUACUGGAAGAAGAGUUACAAAGAUUAGAGCGAUUAUCGCAGGGUGCAAGUGAGCCGUCUGCGUUCCUGCAGUGGCAGAAGGAGAUGAAGGAGAAGGAUCUGCAGGAAGAACUAGCUGAGCUGGAGCGCCGAAGACUGGAGGGACGGAUCAGCCAUGAGGAGGCAGUUCUUGCACGAGAACGUGUCUUGGAGCAUAACCACCAUAAAGCUCAGCAGACUAAAGAGGAGACUGCUGAGCUCAUGCGCAAGUAUGCAGAGAAACGUCUGAAGGAGGAGAAGGAAAUGAGAGAGCUGGUGCAACAAGUGGCCGAUGGUCACAAGAACUCCAAAGCCGCCAAAGCUAAGCUGCAUGAAAUUAAACAACGAAUAGUUAAGGAGGUCUCAGAGCACAGCAGGGAACUCCUCAGCCAGGCUCUGGAGGAAGCCCAGGUUGAGCUAAGCAGGAAGAUGGAGCUUAUCCGUCAGAUUCGUGCUUUUGAGUCAGUACCUCUGGUCAGACAAAAGUUUGUGGAUGACACUGAGACUGCGGGUCACGAUUUGCUGUGUGAGAUGUCUCUGGCGGAGCUGCGGGAGCGUUUGGCACUCCUGAGAGAGUUCGAGCAGAGUGAGCUGGAGGACAGAAGACAGCGCAUCUUUCAGGAGAAACAGCUCAAAGAGCAGCUACUGCUAGAACAGCUGGACAAUAUCGCUCUACGCAGAAGUCUAGCAGAACAGGCCGUUUUGCGCAGUCAAGAAGAGAAAAGGAUGAGAAAUGAACUGCGGGAGGCUGUCAGUAGAGAUGAGAGAGUGCUGACCCUACAGAAGACCCUGGAGCAAAAACAACAGGAAAGACAAAAGAGAAAGACCGAAAAAAACAGUAUGAAGAAAAACGAGCAGGUGCUUCCACUCACAGUGAAGACCACCCUCAACAAAAAGCAGGUUCUUGAUGAACAGCAUUGGCAGGAGUUGGAGCGCAAUUUGGAACAACAGAUUUACGGGACCUUGCAGCAGUCAUCUAAAAAAAAUGGUGCUGGCCAGAACCACAGGCGAGUUUACUGAUAAAUGUAAAAUUAUACUUUUUUUUUUGAACGAGUAGAAGAAACUGAUAUUGUAAAAUGUCUAGGAAUUAUAUCAAAAAUUAAAAGUAAUGAUACUUGGUACUAAAGCAUGUUAUCUAUAUUUUAAGUUGCAUUUUAGGUCAUCUAACACAGGCCUGGUUGACGUUACCCCAAUAAUUUGGGAAGAAAUGCAGAUUUACUGUUGAGAGAACAGUGUUUUUGCUGUGGAAAUUAAACUGAAUGAUUGCAUGAGUUUUUU